UCCUCCUUGCCUGGCUCAAAAAAGGCGGGCGAAUGUUUCGUAAGCGGAACCUUAGCGGCGUCUCCUUUUGUUCCCACCCGGACUUCUUCCGGCGCCGCUCUCUGAGGGCGCAAUGGCGGCGGCACUGGUGCUGCUGCCGCGGGGCCUCUGUUGCCGGCGCUGCCGCGGCCUCCUCCGGACUGCUGCUUCUUCCGCCGACUUUCCGCGUCGCUCCUUCUUGCUUUUGGCGGCUCCCUCUCCUCUCCUUCCCCCCCGGAGGCUGCCGCCGCCGCUCCCUCCUCCUUCAGCUCGGCCUUUCAGCAGCGACUCCGGGCGAGGGCGGAGGAAGAAGAGGGCCGUGGUGGUGGUGGGGGUCCCCAACCCGCUGAUGUGGCUCCGCACCCGCCUGUACUUCUUCCUCAUCCGCGCCUACUUCGACCAGGAGUUCAGCAUCCACGAGUUCACGGAAGGCGCCAAGCAGGCCUUUGCUCAUGUUUCAAGACUAAUUGCUCAAUGUAAAUAUGACCUCCUGGAGGAGCUUGUCUCAAAAGAGAUGGUACAGAUACUGAAGGAGAAGCUUUCUUUACUGUCUGAAAAUCACCGAAGUGCCCUUGCUGCUGAUAUGGAUGAAAUAAUGUAUACAACAGCUGGAGAUGUUGGCAUUUACUACGAUGAUAGUGGAAGAAAAUUUGUCAGUAUCCUGAUGCGCUUCUGGUACCUGACUAGUGCUGACCUUCCUGACGAGACUCCAGAUGGAACCAAAGUAUUCCAAGUUGUCUUUGGAGAUGAAGCAUCAAAGGAAACAAAGCGUCUUUUAACAGCAAAUUAUGAAUUCCGAAGAGAAUUUACACAAGGUGUGAAACCCGACUGGACAAUUACCCGAAUUGAACAUCCAAAGUUAUUAGAAUAAGUUCCCUGGACACAGACUUUCCUAGAAAACUAUCAGCAAACUGACAUAUCAACAGACAUCUCAGCAAGUGUGUUCCACCGUUUCUUGUGGAGAACUUUUGUACUUGUUGAUUACCUUAACACAGUCUUGUCCCCAAAGCAUAAAAUAAAUUUUUGUAUCGCCAACCUGGAAAUCUCAGAAACCUGUUCCUGAUCUGCCACUGGACUUACUAGGACCCUGUCUGCCUUCGGUGAUGAGAAACCUUGAGGUGAAUUUGAAAGAAAAUAUGUGUUGGCUAGAUGUUUGUGUUGGAAUGUCACAUCUUUUUCCAAGUGAAUAUUCAUAAAUAGACAUUGGAAGCCUUGGAAAAACCACUAAGAAAACGUGAUCAUUCCAAACGCUGUACUUCUAUUUUACAUAAAAAAUUGGGGGUGUUUUUUUUUAAAGUCUUCACUAUAGGAUCAGAACUGUGAGAAGUAAUUUGAAGUUUAUCUUUUCAUUCCUUUCUUGUUUCCACUCAUCUAUUACACGAGAAAAGAUCAUUCAAUAGAUUGAACUUACAUAAAAUAUAACUAUGAUGAAUGAAGUCAACAACUUUUUCCUUGCAUCUGGCCAGUGGAGGGAAACAUAAACUCCUAAGGACUGAUUCAGAUCAGUGACUCAUUGAAUAGUGUGGCUGUUGGAGGAUCUGUGGAGCUAUGGUGUGAAGUCUUUCUUUGCUUGGUUAGCCCAGGAGGGCAAAGAAGGAUUCAGUCAUGCAAAGAUUCCCUGCCUGGUCCUAGAAAGAGUUGGAAAAUUGCAUCCUUUUGUGCUUUUGAUUGUACAUGGAAGUUUGCAGUUUAUCCACACUUAUAACACCUGGACUAAGCACCCACUUUGGAAAAAUAUGAGGAGAUGCCACUAAAGGGCCGAUAAUAUGAGAAUAUUACACUCCACUUUUACAUGUGAAAGCUUUUCAGAGUAGUGUUAUUUAUAUUGUGCCUUCUAGUACAUUAUGCUUCAUAAUGGCUCUGGCAAGAAAUAAUAAAAGAAGGUGGAAAUGGAGGCAUGUCUAAACACAGCAGUAACUAGAAAAGCAUGAUUUAAUGGGACCUUUUUACCUCUCAAGUGAAACACUUGGAAUAAACCUUAAAAUGAAACAUAAA